UUAUAUCGGAGACAAUAGCUUCAGUUCCAUGAAGCUUGACAUGUUUGUCCAACUCAAGAACUUAAAGGGUCUCGACUUAUCCAACGUAAGCUUGUUAAUUGACAGCGACAACAGAAGUCUUACUUUUCCCCAAUUACAGAGCCUAGGGCUAAGCUCAUGCAACCUUACUGAAUUUCCAGAAUUCAUUAAAAGGCAAGACAAGUUGGUUGACUUAGAUCUUUCUAACAAUCAUAUCCAUGGUGUUGUGCCUAAUUGGUUGUGGAAGAGCAGCCUUUCAAGGGUAAACCUUUCUUUCAAUGUGAUUGAUUUUCCAAAACAGCUUCCCUUAAGUGAUGCAAACUUCUCUUUCCCAAUGUUGAUGGAAUUUUAUCUGGAAUCUUGUAACAUAAGCUCAUUUCCAGAGUUCUUAAAGAGUCAAAAAAAUUUAGAAGAAUUCGACGCAUCUUCUAACAAUUUGAGUGGCCCAAUUCCAAAUUGGUUAUGUAAUAUGAGUCAACUUUACAGUUUCGAUGCAUCUUAUAAUAAUUUGAGUGGCUCAAUUCCAAAUUGCUUGGACAAUAUGAGUCAACUUGUCAGUUUCGAUGUAUCUUAUAACAAUUUGAGUGGCCCAAUUCCCAAUUGCUUCGGCAAAAUGAAUGCUCUCUUUUUCUUGAAUCUGCAAGGAAAUAACUUCAGUGGAAUGUUACCAAAAUUUUCAAAAGCAACCCAACUAAACUUUCUCAAAGUUAGUGAGAAUAGAUUGGAAGGGAAGUUGCCCAGAUCACUAGCGGAAUGCACUCAGCUUGUAGUUUUGGACGUGGGAAAAAACAUGAUGAAUGAUACUUUCCCUUUUUGGUUGGGGAAAUUGCCUGCGCUAGAGGUUCUCAUUUUGCGGGAAAACAAAUUUUAUGGUCAAAUUAAACAUUUCAAACAUAAAUUUGUUUUCCCAACUUUGGAUGUGUUGGACAUUGCUUCAAAUCAGUUUUCUGGUGAACUAUCUAUUGAUUUCCUUCGAGCCACUCGACUAAGGUCACUCAAAACAGGUGGGAAUAAAUUGAAAGGGAAGCUGUCGAGAUCAUUAGCCAAUUGCACAGCACUUGAGGUUCUGGACCUUGGAAAUAAUAUGGUUCAUGAUACAUUCCCAUUUUGGUUAGAGAAGCUGCCUUCCUUGAAGGUUCUUGUUUUGCGAGCAAACAGAUUCUACGGCACAAUUACAAAAUUUGACACGAAACAUGGGUUUCCAAAGCUACGCAUAUUGGACAUUGCUUCCAACAAAUUUUCAGGUGACUUGUCCAUUGAAUUUUUGCAAAGUUUGAAGGCAAUGGCGAAGAUGACUAAUGACGAAAAGGCUAAGCUGGAUUAUAUCGGAGAGAAUUAUUAUCAAGACUCUGUGACAAUUGUUAACAAAGGGAUUGAAAUGUUGUACCAAAAAGUCUUGACAAUUCUUACUUGUCUUGACCUUUCCAACAAUAGUUUCCAUGGGAGAAUACCAGAAGAGAUACAAAUGCUGAGGUCACUCAGAGUGAUGAACUUAUCCAACAAUGGCUUUUCUGAUGAAAUCCCAUUAGCAUUUGAAAAUCUAAAAGAUAUUGAAUCUUUGGAUCUCUCACAGAAUGAGCUUUCAGGGAAGAUUCCUGCACAACUUACAAGUUUAACUUUCUUAGCGGCAUUGAACUUGUCUUACAACCAACUCGAAGGGAGCAUACCAUAAAGCAACCAAUUCAUUACAUUUACAAAUGAUUCCUACCGUGGGAACCCAAAAUUGUGUGGGCUGCCAUUGUCAAGGAAAUGCAAUGAAGUCGGUCUUCCAGUGGCACCACCUCCACGGGGAGAUGAAGAAUCAUGGUUAUAUGCUAUGUCUACUUGGAAAAUUGCGUUGAUAGGUUAUGCUAGUGGAUUAGUCGUUGGGCUAUGUAUCGGAUAUACAGUGCUGAAUGAGUUGGGAAACAAAUGGGUUGACAAGUUCAAAAAGUGUGGGAAAAGAAAUAGAAGAAGAUGUAGGACAUGGAAUGUCCAGUCAGGAGGUACGUUAUCUUUGAGGAAAAUGGUAAUUAGUUCCUUAUGACUACAAGCAUUUUU